AUGGCUGCCUUCAUCACAGCUCUCCUGGCGACGGCCAGCUACAUUCUUCCUGCGGCAGCUCAACUCUCUGGCUCAGUUGGCCCAACCAGUUCUACUGCUGAUAAAGUGGCAAAAAUAUGCAACAUCAUGGACUACGGAGGAGUUGCCAGUGCAACAGAGGACAACGGUGCCGCCAUCCAGUCUGCGUGGGAUGACUGCAAGACGGGUGGUCAAGUCUAUAUCCCAGAGGGUGAUUAUGGUUUGAGUACCUGGUUGACGUUGAAGAACGGAGCCAACAACUCGUUCAACCUCGAGGGGACCCUGUACCGUGUGGGGACCGAUGGCGGAAACAUGAUCAUGAUCAGGGACACACACGAUUUCGAAUUUUACAGCGCUACGUCCAAGGGGGGCAUGCAGGGUUAUGGAUACGAGUUCCUGAAAGACGACACAUACGGACCCCGUCUCCUGCGCUUUUACAAGUGCACCGACUUUUCGGUUCACGACAUUGCUCUUGUUGACUCUCCGGCAUUCCACUUGUCUCUUGAUACCUGCACCAAUGGUGAGCUGUACAACAUGAUCAUUCGAGGUGCCAACCGCGGAGGUCUCGACGGAAUCGACGUCUGGGGCACCAACAUCUGGAUCCAUGACAUCGAGGUCACGAACAAGGAUGAGUGCGUCACUGUCAAAGAUCCAUCUGCAAAUAUCCUCGUUGAGCAAGUCCACUGCAAUUGGAGCGGUGGCUGCGCUAUGGGCUCGCUGGCAUCCGGCAUUGAUAUUCAUGAUAUUGAGUACAACAACAUCUACACCCACCACGCCAACCAGAUGUUCAUGAUCAAAUCAAACGGUGGCUCCGGAAACGUCUACAACCUUGCUUUCAACAACUUUGUUGGCCACAGCAACGCAUACACAUUAGAUUUCGAUAGUGCCUGGAGCUCUAUGAGUACGGUGGAUGGCGACGGUAUUCAAUAUUCCAACGUCAGCUUCCGCGGAUGGCGCGGUACCUGCUCGGACGGCACAGAACGCGGGCCCGUCAAGGUCCUCUGCCCCGCAGGUAUGCCCUGCACGGAUAUCUCCAUUGACGAUUUCCACGUGUGGACCGAAUCUGGUGACGAGGUCUACCACGCAUGCUACAAUGCAUACGGCUCCGGCUCGUGUCUAGAAGACGGCGAUGCAACCACCACCUACACCUCCACCGUCACUUUGACGACCGAGACCAGCUACAGCUACGCCACCAUGGCCGACGAGCUCACCACCGGUCUGGGACUGUCCGCCCCCAUCGCCGUCCCGACCAUGCCCGCUUCUUUCUUCCCCGGCUUAGCGCCAAUCAGCGCUAUUUUGAACGGUGCUUCUGCGGCAGUUGCUAGUAGUGUGCCGGCGGUGACUGCUUCGAGCUCGUCUUCGGCACUUGCUUCUCCAACCAGCGUGACGGAGACCGCGGCCGCCGUGACUGCCACUGAGGCGACGGAGGCGGAAGAAGUUGCUUCUUCGACCAACUCACCUAUCACAUCCGCACCGACCGUUACUAGCGCCGCAGUGGCAACGCAGGUGGCAACAACUAGUGCGCGGCGUCCGGGCCGAGGUAGUAGAAGACACCAGCGAUUCGGAGGUAAAUAA